AUGGUGGGGUUUGGCCGGAAGAAGUCGACGAGCAACGCGGGUAGCGACACGGCGCUGGACCGCAAGGGCAAGGUCGACGGCUCGAGCCUCCUCGACGGCAACGGCGACCCGACCGGCGGCGCGCUCUUUGGCGCCGAAGUCUUUGACAAGAAGGUCAAGCGCGAGUCCAACAACGACGACGACGACGUCGGCCAGGAAAACAAGAAGCCCAACAAGCGCUGGUUCCGCCUCCCGGGCCUCAAGCGCAAGACCCGGGUCUAA